UUUUUUGAACAUUUGCGGGUUUUAAAUUAAAAGGGGAGCUUAAAUAAUAUCAACAUGUAAACAUUUUAUACCGAAUUUAAGGAAAAGAGCCUUUUUUCUAUGGUACUAUGCAAAUUCAGUGGUAAUUUUCAAUUUGCUGGCGGCCCAGGUCAAUAUUAAAAUUAAAAAAUGGGCGAUUCAUUUCUUUGGCCAUAGAAAAAAUUUUAGGGAGCAGCAUCAAGAAAAAACCUACUUUUUUGGGGCAUCCUAAUAUAUAUCUAGUAUGUGCGUGUGUAGAUUUGCGUAUGAAAAAGAUAAGCAAUACAAAUGGAAAGCAACAUUACAAAUAAAAAAAAAAUAGGUACAGCUGCACGUUCAGUAUGAAUUUUUUGCCAGAAACGAGCAGUUAAAAAAAUUAUGGAUUCAAAGUGAGUGCUUUAAAUUAGUAACAAACUUUAUUGCACUACUAUGCAGCAUAAAUCAAAAGGUGGUAAUUUGUGUGCAUUUUCAAUUUCUCUCUCAAUUCUCUCCCUCUUUAGUAUUAUAAACGGUGUUAACCCACCAACAGUGUCGACCACACAUGGCAAGGUGAGAGGUCAAAUGCGCCAAGGCGUCUAUGGUGAUAUUUACUAUAGUUUUGAUGGCAUACCAUACGCUAGGCCACCACUCGGAGACUUGCGCUUUAAAUCACCUCAGCCAGCAGAGCCUUGGCUGGGUGUACGCGAUUGCACCAAGUGCCCACCUAAAUGUAUGCAAUGUAAUCGUUAUACAGGUGUAGCUGAGGGAUCUGAAGAUUGCUUGUAUUUGAAUGUCUACGCGAAGCGACUGCAUUCUGACAGACCACUGCCAGUCAUAGUUUACUUGAUUGGCGGCCGAUUUACAACUGGUCAUGCUUCACGCACUGCCUGGGGCCCGGAUUAUAUUAUGAUGAAAGACGUACUGCUCAUAACCAUUGGAUUUCGCUUGGGUGCUUUAGGCUUUCUGAGCUUCCCCGAACCAGAACUCCAAGUACCCGGCAAUGCUGGACUCAAGGACAUAUUUUUGGCUCUACAAUGGAUCAAGCAGAACUGCAACAAUUUCAACGGUGAUCCCAACAAUAUAACUCUUUUUGGUCACAGCUCAGGCAGCGCCGCGGCACAUUUGCUCAUGCACUUGCCUCAAUGUGAAAAUCUCUUCCACAAAGUCAUACUUAUGUCGGGCACACAAAUGUAUAUACGUAAAGUUCCCCAUCUGGAGUAUCGUUUUGCCAAACAUUUGGGCUAUAACGGGCCAGAUGAUAAUCACAAAAUUCUGGCAUACCUGAAUUCACUCGCACCAGAACGGCUUUGUGAUCUAGAAAUCUGGACCGCAGAGGAAAUGGAACAAGGACAUUUCUUUGUAUUUUCGCUUACAAUCGAAAGUGAACACACACCAGAUGCUAUAAUUACCAAGGAUCCACUUGAUAUGUAUGCCGUUGAUAAAGAGGCUUGGUUUAAUGGUCUACCGCUGGUGUUGGGCAGUAACUCAUUUGAAUCACUAAUGCACUACAAAUACUUCACGAAACAACCAAAGCUAUAUGAGACCUUAAAAGUUCAUCCUGAGUACUUAGUGUCACAUGAGGUGAGAGCAAAAUGUGAGUUGUCAGCGCAACAACAGUUGGCAAGAAAACUUAUACGAUUGCAUUUGGCUGAGAAAGAGUUGAAUAUCGAGCAAGUGUUCGAUGUCAUGCGUCUUUCCUCUUAUGAUUUCAUCUAUCAUCCAGUACAUCGUUUUCUGCAAACGCGUCUCGCGCAAGCAAAUGCGCCCACCUACUUCUAUCGCUUCGAUUACGAUUCGCCUGAUUUCAAUUUGUAUCGCAUAAGGCAUUGUGGACGUGAAGUUCGUGGUGUUUCGCAUGUGGAUGAACUCUCAUAUAUAUUUUUCAUACCAGAUUCUUUCAAAUUGAAACGUGAAUCAAAGGAAUUCCAGAUGAUCGAGUGCAUGGUGGAUUGGAUAACUAGUUUUGCUGUUAAUUCGAAUCCAAAUGGAGUUAAAAUUAAGCCUUUAGUGUGGGAACCGUUAGCAACGGAAGGUGCGCGCUAUUGUCUUAAUAUUAGCGAUGAAUUGAGUUUUAUAGAGUGGCCAGAAGCUGUUACUUGCGCAAUUUGGGACAAGUACUAUAAGGAAGCGGGCAUACGGCUUUUUUAGGGGUAAAUUUUCAAUCAAAACACAAAAAAAAAAAACACAAACAGAUGAGGAAGAAUUCGCAAAACAAAAAACUUUUUUAGAUAUAAACAAAAUAACAAAAACAAAGCAAUGUUUUUUCUAAAGUAAGAAAUAUUUGAGCAAAUUUUCAUGGUAAGAAAUAUUUGAUCCAAUUUAAUGUAAAAGAUGGCUAGACUGUGACGAAGAUAAUCUGCAAGCAAUUGGAGAGAGAGACUGGCGGUCAGUAGCAAAAGAUAGAUAAGCAUGCAACAUAAGAAUGGAGCAAUCCAAAACCCAUCCCCUGUUUAUAGCGCUGACUGAUGAUGAUGAUAAAUGCAGGAAUACCCUGCUGAUUUUUUGAAACAUUCUAUUAAGAACUUAAUAAAAUAUUUUUCAAUGAUUUUUGCAUUUUUUUUCUCUGAAAAAUUAAA